AUGGCCUCCACCCGUGUGCUCGCCUCGAGACUGGCCGCUCAGAUGGCCUCGAAGGCCGCCCGCCCGGCUGUCCGCGUCCAGCAGCGGGCUAUGUCUGCCGCCACCAAGGCCUCUCCUCUCCAGGCCGUCAAGCGCCAGCAGAUGUCCUCCAUCAUCAAUGCCACCGCCCGCCAGGCCUUCACUGUCCAGCGCCGGGCCUACUCCUCUGAGAUCGCCCAGGCCAUGGUUGAGGUUUCCAAGAACAUUGGUAUGGGCUCUGCCGCCAUUGGUCUGACUGGUGCCGGUAUCGGUAUCGGUCUCGUCUUCGCCGCCCUUCUCAACGGCGUUGCUCGCAACCCUGCUCUCCGUGGCCAGCUCUUCUCGUACGCCAUUCUGGGUUUCGCCUUCGUCGAAGCCAUCGGUCUUUUCGACCUGAUGGUUGCCCUCAUGGCCAAGUUUACGUAA